AUGGAGGAGCAGGAGAAACUCAUAGACUUGAGCCCUCCACUUGGCCAUUCGAAAUCGGAGCAUCCUUCGUUUUAUGCAGUCUCUUCGCCUGGCGCACACUCAAGCGAAACCUCCAAUUCAUCUGACACAGUUAUCAGGACUCCUCACCGGCGUAGCUUCGCGAAUCUAUCCCCCGCAGCAUUGGAGCUCUUUGAGAAUGACAUAAACUUCCCCAGCCCGGAUGAGUUUAGGCUAGGCAGAGACUUGCUGGCAGAUCCUACUCCUGACCCCCUAGCAGGUGAUGCGCAGGCACAAACCGCCCUGCUGGUGACAAAAGAUCCGCAAGCAGUCCAAGAAAUCCAGGCCAGCAGCGCAGCCUCGAGAGACAGGACGGAUCAAAAACCAAGUCAUGAACCUUUUUUAGACAAGAACCUGAUGGAGGAAACAGAGCCAGGAGGAACAACAGUAACUCGGAUCUCAACCAACAACCGGUCUUUGCUAGAUCCUCUGAUGAUCACAGGCCCCUCAACAGUAAACCCCAGUGCCAGCCAAACAACAGGAAAGAGCGACCUUGCGACACCGCGGGAGAUCCAUUACCCCCCCGACCAUAUCGGAACCAACCGUGGCAAGUUUCCUCGGAAACGAGUACCAGCAUACCCCAGACUGGAAAUACCACCAAGUCCCGACAAGACGCGUAUAGAGCCCGCAUCUGAUGGGAAGCUUAGAGAUACAUACGCCCUUGGAGGAACAGGCACUGAACAGCUCAGACCCGUCACCAACAGUUCUACUUCUACAGCGGCGCCGAGCUGGGGUCAAAGUCGACUUAGUGCAUCAGAAAGAGACAGGGCGGUCAGCGACUCGAUAUACCCUCACCGCUCUCCCGUCUCCCAUGGGCGAAACGACAAUCAAACUGGGAUUGCAAAACCCGUCCAAAACAACCCAAGAGACUCAAGCCAACAAAGAGACAGUGGAAGAGAAAUUCCUGGGAAACGAUCAGCUACGCCGGCCAGCGCUAGAGAUCCAAGCUCGCGGCAACAACCAGAAUUGGCUACAGAACGCGAAACCAGACAACACGAGCAGGGACGAAGUCAAGGUGGCAUGUGCAUCCACAAACACCACCAUCACUACUGGCUUCGCUCAGACAACAUCAUCAUCCCCUUCGAAAAGACUCUAGGAAAGUCAAGGGGAUAUUCAGCGCAGGCGCAGACUCAACCGGGUGAUCCACAACCUAAGAAACUUUGGCACAACUCCAAACAGCUCGGAAGCCUCCCAGAAGAAUCGUGGACCGAGUACAUUGCCGAAAUUGAUGUCCUUGAACGAGAUUCAAGCGACCGAUACUAUGUUGGAAAGUUGCCAGGUGCUAGUGAAAGAACGACCACAGAUGGAAGUAUACAGCGGUGUAGGACUAUACACAGAGGUGCCAGUAGCACAGCACCGAUGCAGCAGUUUGUCAAUAUCCAUAUCCACAAGGGAAGUCGACAGGGCCAAGAUGGAGGAGAAAAAGAAAGAAAUCCCACAGAAGGACAAGGCUCAUUUGAGCAACGUUCAACUUCUAUCUCAUAUACAUCCUAUCGAGCCCCAAAACCAAACAACCCAUCCGGGGACGCACGUGCCAGGCAGUCUUCCAACACGUCGGAACGCCGAAGACGGCAUCGCAGAUCUUUCCAAUAA